GUUUUUAUUUUAGCAGCCAUCAACUACACCAAGUAACUCAAACCUUCUAUCAAAACCAAAACAUAGGUAUAUAUACGUCGACGCCCUUAAUGCCAUUGUUGACCCUUUUAUCACUCUUUCCCCCAAAUUCCAUAAAUUAUAAUAUCUAUACACCAUCACCAUUCCAAAUUACCAAAAUUUUGGAGUCUCUCAAACAAUGAAGAACAAUCAAAACACACUCAUUUCACCAUUAAAGAUCUUCCAUACUCCAUUACAACCAUCAAAUCUUUUAUCAAUAAUUCUUCUCUUCGCAUUCGGGUCAUGUUUCGGUAUCCUUCUUACUUUCCAACUCAAAAACAUUUCCUUUAACUUUCGGUUCAAUGAAUUCUCACUCUCUACCACCACAACAACAACCGGGCCGACGCCGGUACAUAACAUGGGUUUACAAGAUUUUAUAAACCCAACAAAAAUCAUGAUGCAUAACAUGAGUGAUCAAGAAUUGAUAUGGAGAGCAUCAAUGGUUCCAAAAGUACAAAAAUACCCUUUCAAAAGAAUUCCAAAGGUGGCAUUUAUGUUUUUGACUAGAGGACCGGUGUUGUUGUCACCUUUGUGGGACAUGUUUUUCAAAGGGCAUAAUGGUCUAUUCACCAUCUAUGUUCAUAGCUCUGAUUUGUCUUCCAACUGGACACAACCAAUAAACUCCGUUUUCCAUGGCCGGAAAAUCCCAAGCAAGAGAGUGCAAUGGGGAAAGGUUAACAUGAUUGAGGCUGAACGACGUUUGCUAGCCAAUGCUCUUCUUGACUUCUCCAACGAACGAUUUGUUCUCCUUUCCGAAUCGUGUAUCCCCUUAUUCAAUUUCAAGACAAUUUACAAUUACCUAAUCAACUCAAACCAAAACUUUGUGGAGUCGUAUGACUUAAUGGGCCCUGUUGGCCGAGGGCGCUAUAGUCGGAAAAUGUACCCCAUUAUCAAGCUCCAUGAAUGGAGAAAAGGAUCUCAAUGGUUUGAGAUGGACAGACAUUUAGCCUUGGAAGUAAUUUCUGACACGACAUAUUUCUCAGUUUUCCAAAACUAUUGCAAUGGUUCAUGUUAUGCAGACGAGCAUUACUUACCUACGUUCGCCACCAAGAAAUAUGGAGCGAGGAACUCAAGACGGACAUUGACUUUCGUUGACUGGUCAAGAGGUGGGCCUCACCCUGCACGGUAUACAAGGAACGACGUGACAAUACAAUUUUUGGAGAAACUAAGAAGUGACAACCAUUGCGAGUAUAAUGGGAGGAAAAACCAAACAUGUCACUUGUUUGCAAGAAAGUUCACUUCUCAUGCCUUGGACAGAUUAUUGAGACUUGCACCGAAACUUAUGCAGUUCGACGCAUAGGCCUCAUAAACAACAUUUUUUAAUCGAUUCUUUAUUUGAUUACAUUUUACAUAUACAGAUUUGUGUUUAGUGUAGAUAUAAUUUUGUAUGGGGGAAUGAUUUUGCUAUUGGCAAUAGAUAUUCAACCUGCAGUAACUUGGCUA